GACUGGGCACCCAGCUACCUACAAAAAGAAACAGAAACACAGCUGAAGAGAAUAAUGUCUCUUCCGUUUCGGUGCUUCCGUGUUUUGCAGGUGAUCCGUAGCGGAAACGCAUUGCGCUUUCACGCUGCAUACGGUGCAAAGGCUCUGAGUCACGAGGACAUGACUGCCAGAUUUGGCAGUCACACCGUCAACAGAGAUGAAUUAGCUCUUUUAGAAGAAACUGAGAAGUGCAUUGCAAAGUGGCGGCUGAACAAAUGGGAAUUUCGUAUUCCACCCCUUUUGAAUCCCGCUGAACGGGAAAAGGUGAUGCUGCAGCAGGACAUUCUCAAAAGCUUUUGCUUAAACCAGGCCGACGAGCGCAAGCAUGUCCUUCACGAUAUCGAGAUUGUUGUUUCUUUGACUGGCAUAUCGGCUGAUAGCGUACGCGAAAAGACACGCGCGUGGCUACAGGAAGAGGCAUCAAAACUGCGGUGGAAGGGCGAGGUGAACAAGGCAAAGGAGCUUCGUGACGCUUUUCUGCGCUUGGAGGUGUACGGAUCGAGAGACUACCGUCUGCUGGACCGCAUUUGCUGCAUGUAUGGAUUGGGAAUGCAAGGAACAUUUGACGAGGCGUUCAACAACAUUAUCGUUCAGGAUCCGUCAACAGGCAAAUUGUCUGUUGACGAGUCGAACCCGUUUGUUGAGUUGCAGGCUUACAUUAUUUCCCGCUACCCUCAAAUCGACAUCAUACACGAUUUCCUGGGCUUCAACAUCGUCUCGGGGUAUCGCUCUUCUCUCAGUCGCUUUCUUGUUCAGUGUUUGGCCGCAAAAAAUAAUCUCACAAAUCCAGUAUCCAACAGCCGCGUUCUUCUCCAAGUGAACGCAAGCAAGGAGGUUCUCUUUGAUUUUGGGGACAGCAGAGGUCAAAUUGCGCAGGACGACUCAGUGUAUGGCCUUCCCGAUUUUAUGUACGUGCGCGGGAGUGACAUUUUCCUCAUCACCAUCGCCGCCGAAAGUCAUUGGUUGCGGAAGCGGCAAGUACCGCAUGCAAAGCAACUGGAGGGUAUAGCGCGCCGCGGUAGCUUUGUUCUCGGAAUUCCGUUCGAGAAGGUGCGCAUCCGCAAUGUGCUUCUGCCUCCCAAUUACGUGGAUGCUGCCUCUCUUCGACGUCUCACAGAGAAUGUUCUUGAAAUGGCACCCGACGUCGUAACAAAGACGGCACCUUGGAGUUCUCUUUACGAAAAGGAACUCGAUACGAAGGACGUUGACUACUGCGAGUUGGAAAGGACCGUGAAUGAAGAAGAGUGGCUGACGCUGUAG